CCCGCAUUGACUUCCCCGCGUCGAGGUUUCUCUUAAGUUCAGAUCUGUUCAGAUACCCAGCAGUUACGAUCCUGUUGUAAACGUUCGAUAUGCAUACCAUUACAGCUAGACGUGCGGCAGCACGAAAUAUACCUCUGGCGGCUUCAAAGUCUCUUACAAAACCCGGUAUCGCAGCUUCUGCGUCAUGUCUUGUUCAUUCGAGUUCCAAAGGGCGGGGUGCGAUGCUAAGCAUCCAGAAGAAACGUGUGGGACUUACGAACUUCGCUCCAUCUACCGGUAGGACGUUUGCAAUGGUCGCCGACCCUUCAUCUAGGACGACCCAGAGGAAACCCCACUUCGAUAAGAUACUCAUUGCUAACCGCUAUGCUUUCUGCAGAGGUGAAAUUGCCUGCCGGGUCAUUCGCACUGCCAAGAAGCUGGGUAUCAAGACUGUCGCUGUAUACAGCGAAGUCGACGCUUCAUCCAUGCAUGUCCAGUUGGCGGACGAAGCGUAUUGCAUCGGUCCUGCUCCAUCGUCUGACAGCUACCUGAGGAUGGACAAAAUCAUUGACGUCUGUCAUCGAAGUGGUACUCAGGCCGUACAUCCUGGAUAUGGCUUCCUGAGCGAGAACGCUCAGUUUGCGGAACGUCUAGCCAAGGAGGGGCUUGUAUUCAUUGGCCCUCCUGCUAGUGCGAUAGUGAGCAUGGGCUCCAAGAGUGAAUCGAAAACCAUAAUGUCUAAUGCUGGUGUCCCAGUCGUCCCAGGAUAUCAUGGUACGAACCAGGAUCCCGAACAUCUACUUCAUGAAGCCAAGCAAAUAGGGUUUCCUGUUCUCAUAAAGGCUGUCCAUGGAGGCGGCGGCAAAGGAAUGCGAACCGUUGACUCCGCUGAAGCCUUUCAUGAAGCCUUGACCUCUGCCCAGCGGGAAGCCCUUAAAUCCUUUGGGAGCUCUAACGUUCUCGUUGAGAAAUAUAUCGUUCAUCCGCGUCAUGUCGAGGUUCAAAUCUUCGCUGAUACCCACGGCGGGUGUAUAAGUCUCUGGGAACGAGAUUGUUCAGUACAAAGAAGAAAUCAGAAGAUCAUCGAGGAAGCUCCGGCCCCUGGUUUGACACCUGAAAUGAGGAAGGAUCUGAGUCGGAAGGCAAUCGAUGCCGCUCAGGCAGUGAAUUAUGUUGGUGCGGGCACUGUAGAGUUCAUUUUUGAUAAUGACUCAAAUGAGUUCUAUUUCAUGGAGAUGAAUACCCGUCUACAGGUUGAGCAUCCUGUGACAGAAAUGAUAACAGGCCUUGAUCUUGUCGAAUGGCAACUUGAGGUUGCGGCGGGAAACCCAUUGCCGCUCCCUCAGUCUGCUAUUCCUCUCAUUGGACACGCCUUUGAGGCACGUAUAUACGCCGAGAACCCAAGAAACGGCUUCCUUCCCGAUUCUGGUUCCCUCCUCUAUCUUUCAACGCCUGAGCCAACGCAUACCUUUGCACCUCCCCUCGUUAUGUCUGCUAUCACUUUGGCCUCUCUCUCAGCCUCCUCUGAUGACUCCUCGGGCUUAGCUCGUAUUGUUGAUACCAUCACUACAGUCGAACCCUCAUUGCGUCUAGAGCAGGGUUUUGGACAAGGUGCACUUAUUGGUAUGUUCUACGAUCCCAUGAUUGCCAAGCUGGUUGUCCAUGGACGGGAUCGAACUGAGGCGCUCAGACUGUUGAGAAGAGCAUUGGAGCAGUACAAGGUUGUUGGUGUCUCGACAAAUAUCGAGUUUUUGAGGACGUUGGCUGGAAACGAUGCCUUUGUGGAUGGGCAACUCGAGACUGGAUUCAUUCCGAAACAUUUUGACCAGUUGUUCCCUCGCGUCCCUGAACCUUCCGCCGAAGUUCUCGCUCAAGCGGCAUUGUUCGUCGUCCUUCGUGAUCAGCCACAGGCACCCGUAGCAACACCGUGGACUUCGCUUUCUUCGAGGCGUUUCGGAGGUGACGUCUAUGAUCGUAUAAUUAAACUGCAGAAAGACGAUGCAUCAGCUGAGCCAAUGACUGUUCAUGUACGAGCAUCAAAUCCAGGAUCCUACGAUAUUACCGUUCAGACGGGGUCGUCGUCAACGUCGUUCAACUCAGUCCCUGGCCGUCUUCUUUCUCCGACCACACUUUCUACCUCAUUGAACUCGGUUUCCCUCCAUACGACAAUCGUCUCCCAGGCGCCUCCUCCAAGUCUCCCAGCUUCAACUUCCCCGAAUACCAUGGAACGACUGCAUGUCUUCCACAACGGCCGCAAGAUCACCCUUGUUCUCCCAACGCCCAAAUGGCUUCUCUCACUCGGCGGUGACAUUCUAGGUUCAGGCAAGGGUGCUCUGAAAGCGCCGAUGCCUAGCGUUGUCGUGGAGGUGAAAGUCAAGAUGGGCGAUAACGUCGAAGUGGGGCAGGCGAUAGUGGUAUUGGAGAGCAUGAAGACGGAGACUGUAUUGAGGGCCGAUGUUGCUGGUGUAGUUAAAGCCGUUAGAUGUACAAAGGCUGAGAUGGUCGAGGAGGGCCGGGAGUUAGUUGAUAUUGAGACAAACGAGGAUUAGAUUUCGUAUGCAAAGUAUUUAUUCAAAAGGAAGACGGAUGGAAUGUAAUAUAAUAAAUGUAUGAUGCACUAACGCAAGAAGGAAGGGAUAAAACUAGAGAUAUCUGAAAUCGGAACAGGCUGGGUAUCGAGGCGAGUCCAGUUAUGCAUGGUAUAUAUAAGAAAAUAUAAUCCAGUCAGCCGCACAGUAUAGAUAGAAAUGAUACGCGGAGACAACCGUUUCAAGGC